CCAACACUGAAUUUGUCCCUCUCGCAAGCACUCCCCCAGGAAUAGCUAUUCGACAUGGACAUCACUCAAUUCAUCGUUUCGAAACGGGACGCCGCCCUCCUAUACGGUGACUAUUCCACCUACCAAGCGCAACUCGGAAAGAAGCUUUUGAAGGCUCGGAAGAGGCUUGGUAUUGCCACAAAGAAUCGCGGCAAGUACCAGAAGAAGGACCAGUUCAGUGCUGAAGAUGUUGGGCAGAAUCACGAAUAUGCCCAUCUUAUUCUCCUCACGAGCGAGCGUGCCUGGGCCAAUGCCAUGAGCAUGAGGGCCGCCCACACUGCUGAUACCAAGGGAAUCAACUCUCGAACUCGAAAGCAUAUUGUUUCCCGUCUUGAUAAAGCUGCUCGAUUGGCCGAAUCUCUUGCCGUGCUUCUGGCCCAGCCGGAAUCUGGUGCGACUCGUAACGACAGGCUAGAGUCGCAAGCCUAUGCUGCCCUCAUCAGGGGCGCCGCUCUGUUCGAGAAGCAAAGCUGGGAGCCUUGCGUCGAGUCCUAUGCUGUUGCGCGCAUCGUCUAUAGCGCCCUCGCCACCGCCACGGCGAGCGACAUGUUCAAGGACCUCUUAUCCGAGACCAUCGACCCUUCCAUUCGCUACGCUGCCUAUCAGCUUAAGACGCCCCGCACCGUGCCUGUUGCCACAAUUGCCAGGAAGGCCUUCCCUCAAUCUGACGAAUGGAUCGUACAGCAGGUAAACGAGCUUGAUGCCCGUGCUUUGGGCCAAGGCGAUGCCCAGUCCCGACAAGACGCUGCAGAAGAAAGCGUCCCCAGGACGCUGACCUGGCGCUCCCGUGAGGUCAAAAUCGAAGAUGCCGCCAUCGCACUUGCCUGGGGUCGGGUCCAGCAGGCGAAGGGACGCCUGGUUGAGCAGCUUUCCUCCCUUGCCGAUGCCAAACUUAAGAAGGUGGCUAGUGCCUACGAUUCGAUUCUCACCGCGACCCAGGAUGCCGUGGAUGCAACUAAGAAUGCUAUCGAGGAGCUCCGCGGCGAAGGCGUAUCACAGAGCGAUUCUCGGAUGCAGAGCCUGCAGGUUACCCGAACAGCUGUCAACUACGAGAUGAUCAGUUGGCGAAUUGGGAGGAACCGCGUUCUCACGGGUGAUCGGGACGGAGCUGUCGAGAACUACGAGAAAUUGUCGGGUAAGAAAACCAAGAAGGAGCCCUCGGCGGCCAAGAGAAGCAGGGAAGAGAGGCCGCGGUACAAAGCAGGCAAGUUGCGGGAGUUGGUUGCACUCUACGAAGGUAUCCUGCAGAGUGUCGAGUCGGUCAAGGAACUUCCUGGUGUUGCGGCCGAUGAACCUCUUACCCAGUGGUUGCAUGCCAUAACGUCCUACUUCCAAGCCCUCAAGGUUCUUGCCAUUGCCCGCUCCCACGAUAUCAUCGGCAACACCACCAAUGCCCUGGCACUCAUCAACCACGCCCACGACUUGGCUCAGACAGCCGCGCCCGUCCUCUCCCAAGCCCCGCAGCCACCAGCCGGCUCGCCACGCAACAUCCAACCGACGGCCGAGGACGCAGACUUCCUCAAGACCUUCCUCUCCGGCCAGGUCUUGCGUUUCCGCGCACUGGUCCACAUGGAGAACCUGCAAAAGAAGGCCGAGGAAGAGUACGCUGCGCAAGGCCCACGCGCGCCGCUCAUCGAGCGUCUCCACGAGUAUCCCAUCGGCCCCGUCGACCUCACCAACCUCGUGGAAAUGCCACCGAAAGUCGCUCCCAUCCCCGUCAAGCCCAUCUUCCUCGACAUUGCUUGGAACUACAUCCAGUACCCCGAAUUCGACGAGCCGGCGAAGCCCGCGGCAGAAGCGAAGAAGGAGGCCGAGGCCGAGUCGGCCGAGUCGGCCGAGGCCGAAAAGUCUCGGAAGAAGGGCUGGUUCGGAUUUGGGAGGUAGAUCAGAUGACGUGGUGGUUGCAUUCAUGAGUCUCACCGGCUCCUUCUUGUCAUGCCUUGCUGCUCCUUGCUUCUGUGCAUGGCGAAAACAUCUGCUACCUCAACAGGGGAAAGUUAACCGCAGAGAUGAUCAUAGAUUGAGACUAUGAAAUGAGAAGAGAAAAAAUGACAGCAUAUGACAAUCAACGACUUGGUCACUUGUUCGGACCAGAUUCACGUUCCGUGCUGGGCAAUACUCUGAAUUUAACGACAUGUUGAAGUCAAGCUCUAGAUCAAGCGCUCCCCGUAAG